AUGCCAAAAGUAGUGUCCCGGUCGGUAGUCUGCUCCGACACCCGGGACAGGGAGGAAUAUGACGAUGGCGAGAAGCCCCUCCACGUCUACUACUGUUUGUGCGGCCAGAUGGUCCUGGUGCUGGACUGUCAGUUAGAGAAGUUACCCAUGAGGCCCCGGGAUCGGUCUCGUGUGAUUGAUGCUGCCAAACACGCCCAUAAGUUUUGUAAUACAGAAGAUGAGGAAACUGUGUAUCUCCGGAGGCCUGAAGGCAUUGAACGACAGUACAGGAAGAAGUGUGCAAAGUGUGGAUUGCCACUCUUCUACCAAUCUCAGCCGAAGAACGCUCCUGUGACCUUCAUUGUGGAUGGAGCAGUGGUCAAAUUUGGCCAGGGUUUUGGGAAAACGAAUAUAUACACUCAGAAACAAGAGCCUCCCAAGAAGGUGAUGAUGACCAAACGGACUAAAGACAUGGGCAAGUUCAGCUCUGUCACCGUGUCUACCAUUGAUGAGGAGGAAGAGGAGAUCGAGGCCAGGGAAGUAGCCGACUCAUAUGCACAGAAUGCCAAAGUGAUUGAGAAGCAGCUGGAGCGCAAAGGCAUGAGCAAGAGGCGACUGCAAGAGCUGGCUGAACUAGAAGCUAAGAAAGCUAAAAUGAAAGGAACCUUGAUUGACAACCAGUUCAAAUGA